UAUUACGCUGUUAGUUAAAUGCUUUUGAAACAGACGUAUUAACACACAAGUGCUUUGACAAUGCGAUGCGGAAAAACGUUAAAAUAGCAGCAAAUAUACAGUGAAGAUUGGUGAAAAGGAAAAUACGACCAAGAAAAUGGCAGAAGAAAAUGGAAGUGCUGAAAACUCUUGAGAAAACUGGUAAAAUAGAGAGCGGAGCGUCAAUAACAGUGGACAAACCAAACAAACAACUAACUGCAAUUUAGUAUGUACAUACAUAAAGAACGUGACGAAAAUAAAAAAUAGAAAUGAUAAAAAGCAAUAAUAAAAAACAGAAACGCCACUUCUUUUGAAACAAAUACAGCAGAUUGCUUAACAAGGGACGAGCAAUAUUCAGCAAAAGCGAAACUUCAAUAAAAAUAAAACUACGAAAAUAAAAUUUAAUUCAAUAGAGGAGCAAUCAAAGUGCAAAUUAAGUGGAGGUUAUUAACUAAGAUUAAAGCAGGGUAUCUCGUGGUAACAUUUUGAUAGGAAAUGGGGCAAAAACUAACAUUAUGGGCCACAUUCGGCAUAGUGUUGCUUACCACACAAUGGCUGGACGUGAUUAGCUCUACAAUUGGCAAAAGCUCGGAAGAGUCGUUCGGUGAUAACGGCGACAUAUCAAGUACUGAUCUAUACAAUGACGGCGAUCUUAUCAGCAACGAACUGUCACCUUUUAAUGAAAUUUCUUCUGAUGAAAGUUCAAACACUGAAAAUGACGGCGGAAACCUUGACUGGGAUGUAUUGAUAUUUACUCAGCAAUGGCCGGUCACCACAUGUUACCACUGGAGAGAAGAGGAUAGCACGCACGCAUGUAGUUUACCUGACAAGAAAGAAUUUUGGACUAUUCAUGGCGUAUGGCCAACGAAAUUAGGCCAUAUGGGUCCUAGUUUUUGUAACAAGACUGCUGAUUUUGACUUGAAUCAGCUCGAACAGAUACUAACAAAUUUAAAAACUUAUUGGCCAACAAUUGACGGUCAGCAAAAAUUGGGGUAUUUUUGGAGGCACGAAUGGUUGAAACAUGGAACCUGCGCUGUAACCCUGGAAGAGCUAGAUAAUGAGUUGAAAUAUUUCAAGCAAGGAUUGGCUUGGCGGGAGCAGUUCUUAAUGUCGAAUAUCUUAGGAAAUGCAGGAAUACACCCAGAUUCGAAUAAUACAGUAGUUGCGCUGCAGACGGCUUUGCUUAAAACACUAGGGAAAAACCCCUCUAUACAUUGCAUAUACGACAACAAGCGGGAUAUGAGCUACCUCGAAGAGAUUCGCAUUUGCUUUAACAAACAACUCGAGCUCACUGAUUGCGAUGGUGUCUUACCGGGUGACGCCGUAUCAAUCAAUUAUCCAGGCGGAACAGUUAUCACAAAUUGCCACAUAUCAAAGCCCAUACAUUAUCCUAGCAAUAUGCCGCCAUUAUUAAGAAUGCGAAAAGCUGAUUGGAAAUUUCCUGUAGUAAACACCUACAAGUUGUUACAAUUCAUUAUGUGGUUUACGCUGUAAAAAGGCAAAAAUUUCGAAGAGGUUUAAGUGGAACAACGUCAAGAUCAUUCAAGAAUGGAGGAAUUUUCAUAUAAAGCAUAUGUAUAUGUAUUUAAAAUUAUUGUAAUUGGGAAAUGAAAAUUAUCAGCUACCGUUUAUAUACGAUUUGAUUUAAGUGAGUGCAUUACGUACAUAGGUAGAUGAAAGAAAUUCAUAUAUUUUUAAUAAUGCAAAUGUAUAGACCUUUUUUGAAUGAGAGCAAUUUUUUAUACAUAAAACAUAAGGAACAUAAAACGUAAUUACGGGAUUUAGAUAAUUGAGAGAUACAUUCUACAUGACGGUUAGCACAUAUCUGUCGUCAUAAGCAAUAACCGCCUAGGUCGACUUAAAAAGAAUUGAGUUAUAUAUGCUAUCGUUUUCUGCAUGUGCAUGUGAUACUUCCACGUCUCGUUACCUAGGCUAUUUAUAAAGUUUAAGAUGAAAAUAUUUUGGUUUCCCCAUAAGGUUAACAUUACAAUGCAAAUCUUUAAAGCGUUUUUUCUCGAAUUCGGGGUUUUCAACUUAGGCGAUUGUUGCUUAUGACCACAGAUAUUAACUUCGCGUACAUUAGUACAUAAUAUCUAAAUAAUAUAUUUAAAAUGAUGUAGGCUUUCCAGCCGUCGUAAAAUUAAUUUAUUAAUUUACAUUGCAAUUUUAUGGAUCGAUUAUGAAUAGCAACGCAAACCUUAGUUGAGUUGCCGAAGAGCAACGCCACUGAAAUGAAAAUGUGUAUUAUGAACAGCAAAUAUAGUUAAGUGCUACAAAGUUGAAUAUAAUCGAGUUUUGAGGGAGCAGCAACUAAGAUUUUAAUGUAAAUAAGCCGAGGAAACAGUUUAUAAAAAUAAAUAAUUUUUCCGCGGUAACUACAAAAAUAUAGUUGCCAAUAAGGCAACUCGUUUGCCAGGUUUCCGUUGCCAGUUGCCAUUAGUAAUACAAUUUCAGCCUCUGGCAACGCAAUGAAGUUCGGUUGCCAAUCCAUAAUCGACCAUUAAUUAGAUCUUUUAGUUUAAUAUACAUAUUUGACAAUAGUAUAUAGGGAGAUUAGGUUCAAUAAAAUAGCAUAUGAAAAAACAACACAAAAAACGUAUUAACUGAAAUGGUGAAAAAUGAAUCCACAAUAAAAGAAACUUCCGAAAAGU